GGGCUAUUUGGGCUAGUGUAAAUGUAUAGAAUUUAGUUUAGUACAAAAUCGGCGCAGGAACGAGCGCGUCAUAGUUUCAAACGCCGCAUUCCUUAAGAGCACGCAUCACCUCACCAUUCACCCCGUUCACGUCCACAUCCACAUCCACACCCCUCAGCGCAAAGAGUAGCCCAGAGAUCACUGGGGUGGAGCAUGUUACGCCAGUUCGAUAGCCAGGCGCAGGCCCAGAUCCAGCACCAGCUCCAGCUGCUCAGUGUGCCAGUGACGCAGCCUUUGGGACUGGGACUGGGAUUGGGAUUGGCCAGAAAGGCUGGCGCUAAUCGGAGCAGUGUGGAGCAUUUGGGGGAGGAGCAGGAGAAUCAGUUGUUCGAGGGUUACUCGGAUGAGUUGCUCACGUUUGCGUGGAUCGCCUGCAUUGUGUUCAUCAUUGUCGGUGUUCCCGGCAAUCUAUUAACCAUUAUCGCCCUCUCACGUGGCAAACAAACACGCAACUCUACGGCCAUCUUUAUCAUAAAUCUUUCGUGCUCGGAUUUGUUAUUCGGAUGCUUCAAUCUGCCACUGGCCACAUCCACAUUCAAGGAGCGCGCCUGGACGCACAGUGAUCUCCUCUGUCGUCUGUUUCCCCUGCUCCGCUAUGGCCUGAUGGCCGUCUCCCUUCUCUCCGUAUCGCUGAUCACCAUCAAUCGCUACAUCAUCAUUGCCCAUCCGCGACAGUAUCCACGAAUCUAUCAGCGACGCUAUCUGGCGCUUAUGGUGGCCAGCACUUGGCUGAUCACGUUCUCGAUCAUGAUACCCACGUGGCGAGGGAUCUGGGGUCGCUUUGGUCUGGACAAGAGCAUUGGCUCCUGCUCCAUACUCCAUGACAAGAACGAUCGAUCGCCCAAGGAGUUCCUCUUCAUGACGGCCUUCAUGCUGCCCUGCAUCUGCAUUGUCAUCUGCUAUGCCCGCAUCUUCCUUCUUGUCCGCCAGGCCGCCAUUCGGGCGGGCGCCAAUGCGGCCAAGAAUUCGGAGAUCGCCACAACGCCACCAAUCCAAGCGACGCCACAGCUGCAGACACUGGCCAAGAAGGUGUCGGACAAGGACAAGAGCAAGGCGAAAAGCAGGGACAAAGAUAAGGAGAAGAAUAAGGACAUUGACUCCGCUAGUCAGGAGACAGUUCGUCCUUUUGUUGUGCACGAAAGUCUCGCCUUUAUCGACGACAACGUCUCCUCGGAGAGCUUUCCCAUCUCCUACAGCAUAAAGAAGGAAUCUCCCAUCGAUGCUAAUGUCGUGUUGCAGGACAAAGGCAUUGCCAACAACAAGCAGACGCGAUCAGGAUCGACAGCUGCAACGGUAACAGACUCCUCACUAAACGACACUAACAUCGGCCGAUCCCAAACCUUAAUCGAGCAGGGCAGAAACUCAAAGAAUCCGAUUACAACCUCAUUGCGCACCUCCUUUACGCGAUUUAGUCCCCGUAAAUCGCACUAUGUUUCCAUGGGUAAUACGUCGAAUGCAUCGUCGAUUUAUCCGGGAAGGAUGAGUGCAAAAGAUCGUCGAUUGCUAAAGAUGAUACUCGUGAUAUUCGUGUGGUUUGUGAUCUGUUAUCUGCCCAUAACGGUUGCCAAGAUCUGGAAGAGUGCCAACAAUGUGCACGUUUUCAACAUAAUGGGCUAUCUGCUGAUCUAUCUGACCACCUGCAUCAAUCCGCUGAUCUAUGUGCUAAUGAGCUCCGAGUAUAGACGCGCCUAUUGGAACCUUCUGCGGUGUCAUCAAUCGGAGCAACAGCAACAGCAUCAACGCGCCAUGAAGAAGCAUCUUGAGUCGAAUCGGGCGGCCAAAACAUGAUCUGUAUGCAUAUAGAGAACACCCCGCAUCCCUCUCACCGAGCUCCGUCCCCAACAUCGACAGCAUCGCAAUAUUUGAAAAAUGAUCGUGUAUCAACUUGGCCAAAUAUCCACAUCCGAAUUCAUAUCCAUAUCUGUAUGCAUAUUCCCGAAUCUGUAAUUAUUAUGAAACUUCUGGGUUCAUAUAUAUAGGGAUCGUCACGAUCAUAUCAUAGUAUCUUGUAUCAUUUCGAUCACAAAAUAUUAUUUAUUUUAUUCUUAUACAAGUA